AUGCAAAUGAACCCACCCACACCUACGACUCCAAGACAUACCAAGUUGAAAGACAACGAGGCUGUUAGUAUAGUUUAUUGGCAAAACACACCUCUUCCACUAUCCCGUACCUCCAGCUCAAGGUUUGUCAAGCUUCAAGAAAACCAAGUUAGUAUAGUAAAACCUCUGAACCCUGUGGUGGAAACAGAAGACUGUAGGAAUUUCUUAAAUCAGGCUCGACAUGAAUCCACUAUGAUUCAGAAUUCUUCAAAAGCUUUGGAUAGAUCACUCAGAGAACAAAAACGACUGCGAGAUCGACGUCCUUCGAAUGUUAAAACAGAACAAGCAAAUUGCACCAAUCCACCUUUGGUCACAAAAGUUAAUCCUGAGAUAAUAGCUGGGCUUGAUGCUCUGCUACUUCGUGUGAAAGAGAAAGAUAAGGCUACAAAUCUCAAGGCUAUUCAGGAUAACAAAAGAGCACAACCUUUACCUAAAUCCAGUUCUAUCCUUCAUCGUCAUGUCCCUACAAAAGACACAAUUUCUAGCACUCCCACUAUUCAAAGUAAAAUGAAACUGAUUUCUAAACCUGGUCUCAACUCUAAUCGAAGCCCAUUAGAAGCUUCUUCUAGUCGUUCAAGUCAAUCUGUGCCACAAAAAACAAACAAUCAACUAUCGCGUAAAUUGAAGGCAACGUCUUACAAUAUUUCAUCUGAUGCUACGAGAUCUAACAUGCAACAUACUAAUCAUACUUCAUUGACGAAUCCUAAGAGUGUGCAUUCCAAAACACUCUCGUCAACUGGAGUGGGAGAUAAUCAUAAGAAGGUUUUGAUCAACUCACCUCACGUACGUGUCAGUACCAAAAAGACCACCACGACUUCUACUACUAUAGCUACUACCACGACGACGACGACUACCACGACGACUAGAAGGUCUGCAGUAUUGCAUCACCAUGAAUCAGAUUUAUUGUUAAGCGGACUUGGUCCCGAUGAUUUGAUUUGGAACUCGGAUGAAUGA